UAAACUGAACAAAGAAUGAAAAAUUUAAGAAUAUUAAGAAAUGACUCAGAAAAAACAAAAAAUGAUAUUUGAUAUUUUCGAUAUUAUUAUUGUUAUAUUUAUAAUUCUAGGGACAAUUUUAUAUAUAUCAAGGAAAAGAUCGUCAACAAUAAAAAAAAAAAUAUUAAAUAUUUUUAAUAAAUCUACUGUAGAUAUUUCAAAAAAACCUAAAAAUACUAGAGAUAUCAUCCAAAAAAUACACGAUUUACAAAAAAAUAUGGUUAUUUUUUAUGGAUCUCAAACAGGAACAGCGGAAAAUUUUGCUUUUCGUUUAGCAAAAGAAGGUCAUGCACGUUAUGGUUUAUCAACAAUAACAGUUAAUCUUGAGGAUUAUGACUAUGAGAACCUUAAUGAUUUCCCCCCUGAAAAGUUAGCAAUAUUUGUUAUCGCUACUUAUGGUGAAGGUGAACCAACAGAUAAUGCUGCAGAGUUUUUCCAGUUUUUGCAAUCCGAAAAUUUAACUUUCUCUAAUAAAAAUGUUUACAAUAAACCUUUAUCAAAUUUAAAUUACAUAAUUUUUGGUCUAGGAAACAGUACUUAUGAAUAUUAUAAUCAUAUGUCUCGUACUUUAGAUACAUUACUUACUAAACUUGGUGCUAAUAAAAUUUCAAAAAGGGGUGAAGGAGAUGACGGAACUGGCACAAUGGAAGAAGAUUUUCUUACUUGGAAAGAUAAAAUGUGGGAAGAUGUAGCAAAAAAAAUGAAUCUUAAAGAAAAAGAGGCUUUAUAUAUACCUGAAUUUGAGAUUACAGAAAAUCUAGAAUUAUCUAGCUUUUCAGAUAUAGUUUUUCUUGGAGAGUUGAAUAAAAAACAUCUUAUAGGUGCAACAAAACCAUUUAAUUCUUAUAAUCCAUUUAUUGCUCCAGUUACUAAAUCAUAUGAACUUUUUUUCUGCAAAGAAAGGAAUUGUUUACAUAUAGAGUUUAAUAUUGAAAAUUCUAAUAUGAAAUAUCAAACAGGAGAUCAUUUAGCCAUAUGGCCUUCGAAUUCAAAUCAAGAAGUAGAUCGGUUACUUAGUACUUUAGAUUUAAUUAACAAACGUAAUACUGUUAUAUCUAUUAAGAAUAUUGAUUCUACAGUUAAAAUACCAAUACCUCAGCCUUCAACAUAUGACUCUAUUCUAAGAUACUACUUAGAAAUUUGUGGACCAGUAUCUCGACAAUCAUUAACUGUCUUAGCACAAUUUGCGCCAUCUGAAAAAGCAAAAAAAGAAACUCUUAAACUUGGUUUAGAUAAAGAUUAUUUUCGAAAAACCAUAUCAUCACACUGUUUCAAUCUUGCACAAACAAUGCAGUUCAUAACUCCUAAAUUAUGGACAAAGGUCCCAUUCUCAUUUAUUAUUGAAUGUUUUACAUCUUUAAAACCACGAUAUUAUUCAAUUUCAAGUUCUAACUUGAUUUAUCCAACAAAAGUUCAUAUUACUGCAGUUGUAGAAUCACAAAUUUUUCCAGAACAUAAUAAUAUUUUGAAUGGAGUAGCAACAAAUUAUUUAUUAGUUUUAAAACAAAAGCAAAAUAAAGAAAUCAAUUUACGUCCAUUUGAAGUAAAUUAUGCAUUAAAUGGACCUCGUAAUAAAUAUAGUAAUUUUCAUUUACCAAUACAUAUUAGACGGUCAAAUUUUCAUCUUCCUCAUGAUACAACUAUUCCAAUUAUUAUGAUUGGUCCAGGUACUGGUGUUGCACCUUUUAGAGCAUUUGUUAUGGAAAGAGCAGAGCAAAUGAAGAGAGGAAAGAAGAUAGGCAAAACAAUACUUUUUUAUGGGUGUCGAUACAGAGAUGUCGAUUUUUUAUAUAAAGAUGAAUGGAAUGAAUAUAAAAAUAUUAUGGGGGAUUCAUUUGAAAUGCAUAUUGCUUUUUCACGAGAAACAAAUAAAAAAAUCUAUGUCCAAAAUUUGUUAGAGCAAAAUUCUUUUCAAGUAAACAAAAUUUUAGAAUGUAAUGGUAUACUUUAUAUAUGUGGUGAUGCAGCACGUAUGGCACGAAAAGUAAAUAUGACUUUACAUAAAAUAAUCAGAAAAGAACGUGGAUUAGGGAAAACUGAAGUAGAUCAAGUUAUAAAAAAAAUGAGAAAUGAAAAUAGAUUAUUUGAAGAUAUUUGGUCUUGA